AGUACGCGUGUGGCGGAAGUUUGUACUCUCACACGAAUCACCAACACAGCGGACCGGAGCGGAUUAGCCGUUUGUCCCCAGCGUUCGAACGGCAUGACGAGCAUCCACGAUCGAUGUCGUUGCACCCAAUCCUUCACAUGACUUGCAUGUCGCUGCGUGGAGCUUCAAUUAGAUAAGAAAAAGCACCGCGGAGAAAUCGAGUGGCAAGAUCAACACGCUGUCUCACAGUGCGUUGUUUAUGAGUGAGCGGUGUGGCAGCAGCUGAGCAUUGCAACGGGAUGCCAAGAUGCUGCUGUCCCUGGGAAUGCUGAUGCUGUCGGCCACGCAGAUCUACACCAUCUUCACCGUCCAGCUCUUUGCUUUCCUCCACCUGCUGCCUGUGGAAGCCGAUAUCGCAGCUUACUCAUUUGAGAACAAAACUAAGACCUUUGAUGACCUCCCGUCAAGGUUUGGAUACCGACUACCUAGCGAUGGAUUGAAGGGCUUCCUGAUUGAUGCACGACCAGCAAAUGCAUGCCAGCCCAUCGACCCCCCGCCCAGGGACAACUUGACGGGUGCCUUCGUUGUCCUUAUCAAACGCUUUGACUGCAACUUUGAUAUUAAGGUCCUCAAUGCACAGAAAGCUGGGUACAAGGCGGCCAUUGUUCACAAUGUGGACUCCAAUGACUUGAUCAGCAUGGGCUCCAAUGAUCUGGACAUAAUGAAACAGAUUGAUAUUCCCUCCGUGUUUGUGAGUGAAAAGACGGCCAACUCUUUGAAAGAAGACUACCUGUUUGACAAAGGGGGGCGCGUGAUCCUCAUGCCAGAUUUCAGCCUUCCGUUGGAAUACUACUUGAUCCCCUUCCUCAUCAUCGUUGGAAUCUGCCUCAUCCUCAUUGUUGUCUUCAUGAUCACAAAGUUUGUCCAAGAUCGACACAGGGCUCGGAGGAGCCGCCUCCGCAAAGAUCAGUUGAAGAAGCUUCCGAUCCACAAGUACAAAAAAGGAGACAACUAUGAUGUCUGCGCCAUCUGCCUGGACGAGUACGAGGAAGGAGACAAACUGCGGGUCCUGCCAUGUUCUCAUGCCUACCACAGCAAAUGCGUGGACCCCUGGCUGACCAAAACCAAGAAGACGUGUCCGGUGUGCAAGCAGAAGGUAGUGCCCUCGCAGGACGACUCUGACUCUGACGAGAGCGGCGGUGAAGAGAAUGACGAGGCGUCCGAAAGCACCCCGCUGCUGCGCUCGCUAGCCUCCACCAGCGCCCACUCCUUCGGCACCAUGUCGGCGGCGUCCCGCUCCGACCGCGACCAGGGGGAGUCCUCAGAGUACGAGGACGAUGAGGUGGAUGAAAGCAGCGACGGCGAGGAGGAGGUCACCGUGGUGGUCCAGAUGCAGCGAUCAAGCCCGGAAGGCCACGAUCAUGACCUGCUUCGAGCUUGACCCUUUCUUGGGGACAACUCACUGUUGACCUUGAUAUACUCCCCUUACAUAUUCAUAGGUACUGUAUAUUUGAUUGCAAGCUGGCGAAUGAAGCGUUGAAGGAAGUCUGCUGCGCACCUGUGAUAGGACUACACACGCAAUGACUGUUUGAGUCACAAAUACAAGAUACACUCCUACAGGCCAAGGCCAUGUCCACAUGAGCACUGCGUAAAUACACAUGACCACAUACACACAAAAAUAUAUAAACAAACUGUUGUUCUCCAUCGAUUUUUAUUGUACAUACACAGAUGCAAUGGCUCUGCAGCUUCUUUUUUGAAGCAUGUGUUUAAAAAAAA